AUGGCUUUGAUGCAAACACUUGUUGGGCUACAAAUUCUUCUCUUAUUCCAUGUGUUAGGAACAACAGCAGCACAAUCAAUUGGAGUAUGCUAUGGAACGGUGGCUGAUAACUUACCACCUCCAAAAGAAGUGGUAGAUCUUUACGAAGCAAAUGGCAUUGAGAAAAUGAGAAUAUACAACCCUGAUCCUUCAAUCAUUGAAGCACUGAAAGGAUCAAAUAUAGAAUUGGUUGUUGGGGUUCCUAAUGAAGAUAUUCAGACUCUUGCAACUUCUGAACCAUCAGCAAUUCAGUGGGUCCAAAACAACAUACAAACUCACAUAAACUAUGUCAAAUUUAGGUACAUUGUUGUUGGCAAUGAAAUAAUGCCAAAUGAUCAACAAGCCCAAUUUAUAUCCCGGGCAAUGCAGAAUAUUUAUGCUGCACUUGUGUCUUUCAAGCUACACACAAAAAUCAAGGUUUCAACAGCCAUAAAAUUGUCACUAUUGGGAAGCUCUUACCCUCCAUCCCAAGGAUCAUUUAGUCCUUCUUCAUAUUCAUAUAUAAAACCAAUCAUAAGCUUCCUUGCAGAUAAAGAUGCACCACUCCUUGUAAAUUUAUACACUUAUUUCACAUACAUUGGUGACCCAAAUGACAUUAAUCUUGAUUUUGCAUUGUUCUCUCCAUCAAAUACUACAAUUAAGGAUGGUAAAUAUGAGUACCAUAAUCUGUUUGAUGCAUCACUAGAUGCAGUUUAUGCAGCACUUGAAAAGCUUGAUGCUCCUAAUUUGCAAGUGGUGGUAUCAGAGAGUGGAUGGCCUUCUGAUGGUGGUUCUGCUGCAACGGUGUUGAAUGCAAAACUCUAUUAUCAGAAUUUAAUUCAACAUGUGACUCAAGGGACACCAAAAAGGCCUAAUCAAGCGCUUGAAACUUAUUUGUUUGCUAUGUUUGAUGAAGAUCUUAAAGGACCUGCUGAAACCGAACGCCAUUUUGGUUUGUUUCACCCCAACAAAAAUCUAAAGUAUCAAAUUAGCUUUACUAGCUGCUCAGAAUCAGAUGUUAUUCCAAACUCUUCUCCUCUAUCAAUGAAAAACAAUGUUGUAUACUACUUCCUUUUUCUUCUUUUUUCUUAUUUUUUGGGUGCAACGUAG